AUGGCUUCGAGUUCCGUUCCCUUCAGGGUGGGUUCGCUUGCCGAGCUGCUUGUCGACGACUAUAAAAAGCUCGGCUUCGCACGUGGGUCGCACGUACAGGUCCUGGAGAUAGUCCCUGGCGGCCCCAUUGAAGGCGGGUGUCUUAUCAAAGUCGCCAUCGGCGGCAGUGGAAUUGUUGGCUACCAGGAAAAGGACGACCUGCGGGCCCUGCCAGCACGUCCUGCUGUGGUCCCGGACCCACCACUGGCGCAGCCGGUGUCAAGACCACCCCAGCCCGAGGAGCCGCUUCUGCACUUCCUGCGUGAGCCGUCUCGUCUGAUCUGCCUCCGACUCGUGAGUUCGUCGGAGCUGGGCCGGGUGGCCUACAACGUGCUGGAUCAGAUGCUGCCGAUAGUUCGCCUGAGCCGAGAGGAUAUCAUGCGGGUUGACACCUACCAGGAUGAAUGCCCCAUUAUGGAGCAGCUCCACUCCAAAGGCAUUUGGCAAUCGGAGACCUACUCCGCAGUCGCCUCGGUUAAGUGCUUCGACGGCAGCAAGCUGAGUGCUGUAGGGCUCGGGUCAAACCUCAGGACAAGAGACAGGGCGGUGCACCUCUCGCUGGCGACAGUGCUGGCCUUGGAGCUUCUGAAGGGCUGCCCUGCGGACUUGUUGGCGGCUACCCACCAGGUAAUGCACGAUUUUCCGGUGCUAGCCUCCCUUGUGAAGGAGGCCCGACAGAUCAAACAGCGCGCUGAUGAAGAGCUGACUCAGCCGCCUCCGCUGCCUCCGACUCCCACGCACGAGGAGUGUUAUGAUUUCGCCAGGCAGUUCAUGGUCUUCCACGAGAACCCGAACCUCUGGUUUAGCGUGGGCCGUAUCGGCGGCGAGAACGUCUGA